AUGCGUCAGUUCUUAUGUAUGGCCAUGGUCUCCGUGAGCUUUCUUUCAGAAGCUGGUGUAGUCCCCACAAACAUGAACCGAUCCAUUAAUGCUCCUAACGCGCUCGCCAUUCCUUCUCGUUUGGGAAUGAACGCAUCCAACACUUCGGGACUGAUGGACGCAGACAACUCACUUGUGAACGUAACAGAUUUUGCUAGCAGUCGAAGCGACGAGGCGAGGGUCAACCCGCAAUUUCUGGACGAAGCUUUGGAGACACUUAGCACCUCGGAGGCUUUGGGCGUAGUUCACCCAGCAGAACUGUAUAAACGUCUGGGUAUUCAAGUGACAGACGAGCAUGAUCUGCAAGUUAACAAGAUCAAGCAGUGGUUCAAACAUGUUGACGCGUACCGUAUUCGGGAUGAAACUUAUGGCGAAACUAGUGAAAUAAAUGACAUGCUGGGGAGUGCAAAAAAGUUUGAGCUGGCAAGGUUCUUACAUAGACUCCGAGGCGUUCCUGGAAUGAAGGGCCGCGCUGACAGCCUUCAAAAAGCGCUUGCCUCUAUAUUGGGUAGAAACACGGGGAAGAUCUUUCCUUUAUGGCUAGAGGAUGGAGUGACGCCUAUCAAGGCUUAUUACAUGAUGCCCAUUCCACGGAAGACAACAAUUACAGGUGUCGAGAAGGAGAAAUACCAGUGCACAGCUGCCCGAAGAAGUAUGCUGGAAAAAUGGCUCGAUUACGUACAUGAUUACGUCGAGAAGGGUCACGUGUACGGCAACGAUGCUAUUGUAUCGCUACUGGUAGACAAGCAAGGAAAGGAAGAGUCGGUGGAAUUUUUCCACUACCUUAGGCUACACACUUAUAAAAGCGAGGUUGCUGUCAGCUUACAACGAGCAUUGGCCGUGGAACACCCGGACACCUUGGAGCUGAUGUUCAAAUUGUGGCUGAAUGACAAAGUGGACCCUGGAUUGGUUUACGAAAUGAUGCCCAUUGCAGCGGAGAAAGGUCUCAAAGGCCUUCAUAACAGAGAGUGGUGGCCCGACAUCUAUGACAACCUCAUGAAGUGGCGUGAGUAUGUCAAGGCGUUCAACGACCAACGUCAUGCAGAGAUGGAGUAUCAUCGUAAGCACACGUAUGGGAUAUCGAGUUCCUCUGCGAAAACCUUUUCCGAAGAUGAUGUUUUCAGUCAGCUAAUAUUGCACAGCGUGAUGGAAGAUCUGGUGGCGUUUCUUGGAUAUAUCCAGUCCGUUAUGGGAAUGGAUUCUUUCGUUUCGAAGAUGUAUAAAUAUUUGUUCAAGACGUCGCCAGUCGAGACUGAAGACUUAAUUUUCGACCAGUGGGUGCUGUUGGACUUGGAAGCUGCCGAUGUGUACGAUUCGAUGCCCAUUUCAAUUGAUGUCGAUGAACUGAAGGCAAUCCAUAAAGGAUUUGCACCACAAGCAUUUUGCGUAUAUCUUGAGCAGUUGCUGAGAUACGUUGACCGAGUGAGAACCCGUGACCAAGUUCGUGCUGAAUUUAGUGACGAUGUAUUGAUUUCUUUGCUGAAAGAAAAUGCAUCGGCGGAGAGCUUGCGGGAUUACCUUAAGGAGCUCGGGAAAGGUCACAGGAAGGAACGUGCAAGUCAACUGCUAGCAGCUUUGGAUGCCGAUGGCUGA